AAACAAGGAAGUUGUCUAGUCAGCAAUCACAUUGACUUCUAACUGUCAAGAAAUAAUUUGAGAUGACAGUUCUUCUGAUAUGCUUUCUGGCUGGCUCCUCCAGCACUGCCCAAUAUUCAGUGAGUGUGGAGAAACCAUGUCCAAUGGAAACAGUCACUUUCACUUGUAUCCUUUCCUCCUUGAGUCUCAAUGUACCACUAAUGCAGCCAGAUUGCAGUUGAUAACACUACUUUAACAUCUACUCUGUCUAGAACAGCAGAGAAUGGAAUCACUGUGUCCUGUAUGGGGUUUGUGCCUGUAAGCACUAUAGGGUCUUCAACAGUUCAAUUGAUUGAUCCACCAGGACCACCAUCCACCAUAAGACACUCCACUCCGAGUAGCUUAGCCAAUGAAGUCAGUGUAUCUGUACAAUGGGACCCUCCUACUGAGACUGGUGGUAGAGAUGACCUCACCUACACAGUGACCAUCUCACCUCCGGCCCAGCUCUCUGCUACUGUCCUCACAUCUACCUCUGUCACUGUGACUGCUCAAUACAAUGUGGACUACACUGUCAGUGUUGUGGCUACCAACUGUGCUGGGAGCAGUACAACUGUUGUGUACAACUUUAGGAUUGGUGGCUGUCCUGUGUUGACUAACCCCCAUAAAUGGAGCAUUUGGACCAACCACCAGCAGAUUAUCAGGAUCCACGGUAACUAUCCAGUGUGACGCUGGAUAUGUAUCUGCUGUUACAAUGGUGAUAUGUGAGGGUACACUGAUGUGGAGUACACACCCUGAGGCUAUUGAGUAUACAUCACUAACCACACCUACUCCCACAACUCCUUCACUAUCCCCACCACCACGGAAUGGCACCAUCACUAUUCCCGGCACACAAGUUACCCUCCAUUGUGACGAUGAACUGUUCCCUGAGGGAAUAAUGGCUGCUACCUGUCUAGCUACAGGAAAGUGGGACGAGGAGAUUGUCUGCAGAGCUGCUCCUUGUAAUUGUGCCAGCCUAUCUGAUGGGAGUCGAUUUGAUGCAGCUGUCUCCAUCAGCGUUGUUGUCACGGCAGUUGCGUUCACAAUCAUUGGAUUGUUGAUGGGACUCUUGAUCAUGUAUUUGCUCAUACAUAAGAAGGCAGUGUACUCCCCAGCAGCUAAAGGACAAGCUAACGUAGGACCCACUCCACCAGCUGGUCCUGUUUAUGAGGAGGUGUCACCCAAAGAGGAGAUUGAACUGAAUACUAACCAGGCAUAUGGACCAGUAGGAGUGUGAAACAUGCGUUAAUGUGCAUGCUCAUGACGAUUUUAACAACUGUAAACAGCAACAUCUGUUCAUUAAAAGCCACUACAUCUUUUGAAAAAGCUAUAUUAAACGAGUGGUGCGCUGUGCUAUAAUGCCUCUCGCCAUGUUUAGCUUCGCUAAAAAAGUAGAGUGUUAUAAUAAUAAGCAAACUAA